GUUCAGAGUCAGAGUAGCAGUGCAUCCUUGAACGUUGUUGGACUGUUAUGUGAUUGGUCACACUAUUAAUUAGUAUCAAAAAUAAACUUGUUUAUAAAAAUAUUAUUGAUAUGUUAACCAGUGUUAUGUGGAUUGAAUAUUAAAUAACAAGGUAUUUUUUAUGUAAUUGAUAUAUCAAGUAAGACGUAGGAAUCAAAAAUGUUGCAAUUAGUACUAGUCUUGGCCGCUUUGGCUGUAUUGUUCUAUUAUUUUGCCGUCAAACCCAUGAGUUACUGGAAGGAAAGGGGAAUAAAACAGACGAAACCUGUAUGGUUGCUUGGCGAUAGUUGGGGUACUGUUAUAAAGAAGCACAGUUUAGUGGAUUUUGUCCAAUAUAUCUACGACCAAGUUCCGGGUGUAAGAUAUUUUGGAUGCUACCAGAUGGUAACACCUACUCUUGUCAUACGAGACCCAGAUCUUAUCAAAAAUAUUGCCGUUAAAGACUUUGACCACUUUAUGGACCACAGACAAAUGAUCCCAGCAAAUGCCGACCCUCUAUUCGGAAAGAAUCUAUUUGCAUUAAAAGGCCAAGUAUGGCGUGAUACGAGACCGAUCCUUAGUCCAACCUUCACCAGCAGCAAAAUGCGUGCCAUGUUCGUUCUGAUGUCUGAAUGUGGUGAGAACUUCAUAAAAUAUUUCCAGAACAAUAACAAAGAUAUCAUCGAAAUGGAAAUGAAGGAUACUUUUAGACGUUUUACGAACGAUGUUAUUGCUACAACGGCUUUUGGCGUUAAAACAGAUUCUUUAAAGGACAGAGAUAAUGAAUUCUUCACUAUGGGAACGAGAGCAGUAGAUUUUGGAUUCUGGCGAAGUCUUAAGUUUUUUGGCUAUUUUCUGAUACCGAAAAUUUUAGCGUUUUUCAAAGUUUCAAUAUUUGGCAAAGAAUUAAGUGACUUCUUUAUAGAACUGAUUGAUAAGACAGUUCGAACUAGAGAAGAGAGAGGAAUUGUUCGUCCUGACAUGAUACACUUACUAAUGGAGGCUAAAAAAGGAGUUCAACAAAAAGAUGAGAAAGUUAUAGAUACUGGAUUUGCAGUAGUCGAAGAAGCAGAUUUAGGAAAUGCUAAAGGUGCCAUAGAAAUCACCAACGUCGAUAUAGCUGCGCACGCUAUGGUCUUCUUUUUCGCUGGUUUUGAUGCCGUAUCUUCCUUGAUGUGUUUUACAACCUACGAAUUAGCAGUAAACCCUGAUAUCCAAAAUAGAUUGAGAGAAGAAGUCGAAGACACGCUGAGAGAAUGUAAUGGCAAGCUAACAUAUGAAGGUUUAUUGAAAAUGAAAUACUUGGAUAUGGUUGUUUCAGAAACCUUACGAAAAUGGCCAAUCGGUGUAAUGGCCGACAGAAUAUGUACCAAACCUUACACCAUCCCAGCUGCAACACCCGAAGAAAAGCCGCUUGUUCUUGAGAGGAACACAGUUCUUCUCUUUCCCGUAUGGGCGAUACAUAGAGAUCCGGCAUUCUACGAAAACCCAGAGAGGUUCGACCCAGAAAGAUUCAACGACGAAAACAAGUCAAAAAUCAACCCUUACACGUAUCUUCCCUUCGGCAUUGGUCCUAGGAACUGUAUAGGAUCUCGAUUUGCUCUAUUAGAAGCAAAAGUGGUGUUGUUUUAUCUCUUGUCCAAUUUUAUAGUCGAGCCUUCCGCAAGACUUACAGUACCACUGAAAAUUUCUAGGAAGCAGAUCAAUGUGACAGCUGAGGGUGGUUUCUGGUUUAACUUGAAGAAGUUGAAGAAUUAAAACGUACCUACCGACUACCGAGGUGUAUAUACCUAUUAUAGUUACAUGAUAUAAACUGAGUUGCGUGUUUUAACAAUUACCAACUCUAUCUUUGUGCGGAUUACUGCGUGUGAACAACAAAAACUUCAUUUACUAAAAUUUUUACCCCACAUCACUGCUUUUGAAAUAAUCGAAGGUACUGAUUUCUUUUUGGCUAGGUACUAGUUGUUUUAAAUGCAUAUAUUUAGUAGUUUUCGGACAUGUAUAUGUACCUAUGUAUAAUACUAAUUAUUAUUAAUAAUAAGUCUACUAGGUACGCUUAA